CUGUGCGGCGGCAACAUGGCCUCAGCUGUUAGUGCCUCCGAGCCGGAGAGCGGCGGCGGCGGCGGCGGCUGCAGAGAGCCAGAUCGGCCGGGCAGAAGCGGCGGCAGGAGGCGGAGAAGGACCGGCGGGGACAGACGCAUCGCGCCGCCGGACCUGGAGUAUCUGCAGCGCCCCAGCUACUGCGACGCAGGCUUCGCCUUGGAGCAGAUAGCCAAGGGCAAGGCUACUGGAAGAAAAGCACCGCUGUGGCUACGAGCAAAGUUUCAGAGACUGUUGUUUAAUCUGGGCUGUUACAUUCAGAAAAACUGCGGGAAAUUUUUGGUGGUUGGCCUUCUGAUAUUCGGGGCUUUUGCUGUGGGAUUAAGAGCGGCUAAUCUCGAAACCAAUGUGGAGGAGCUCUGGGUAGAAGUUGGUGGACGAGUGAGUCGGGAGUUAAGUUACACGCGCCAGAAGAUUGGAGAAGAGGCUAUGUUUAAUCCCCAACUCAUGAUUCAGACACCACAAGAAGAUGGUGCUAAUGUACUAACAACAGAAGCACUCAGACAGCACCUUGAUUCUGCACUUCAAGCCAGCAGGGUACAUGUGUAUAUGUACAACAGGCAAUGGAAAUUAGAACACUUAUGUCAUAAAUCAGGGGAACUUAUCACAGAAGCUGGUUAUAUGGACAAGAUCAUAGAACAUCUUUAUCCUUGUUUAAUUAUUACACCCUUGGACUGCUUCUGGGAUGGUGCAAAGUUACAGUCAGGGACUGCAUAUCUUCCAGGAAAACCCCAUUUGCAGUGGACCAACUUUGACCCCUUGGAAUUCUUAGAAGAGUUAAAGAAAAUAAACUCCCAAGUAGAUAGCUGGGAAGAAAUGCUGAAUAAGGCUGAGGUUGGUCAUGGGUACUUGGAUCGACCUUGCCUGAAUCCUGACGAUCCUGACUGUCCCAGCACAGCCCCUAACAAAAAUUCAACCAAACCUCUUGACGUGGCCCUUGUUUUAAGUGGAGGAUGUUAUGGGUUGUCAAAAAAAUAUAUGCAUUGGCAGGAAGAACUGAUUGUUGGUGGCACAGUUAAAAAUGGUACUGGGAAACUUGUCAGUGCCCAGGCUUUACAAACCAUGUUUCAGUUAAUGACUCCUAAGCAAAUGUACGAGCAUUUCAAGGGUUAUGACUAUGUUUCACACAUCAACUGGAAUGAGGACAAAGCAGCUGCAAUUUUAGAAGCCUGGCAGAGGAUGUAUGUUGAGGUUGUUCAUCAAAGUGUUGCACAAAACUCUACUCAGAAGGUGCUUUCCUUUACUACAACUACUCUGGAGGACAUCCUAAAGUCAUUUUCCGAUGUCAGCGUUAUCAGAGUUGCCAGUGGCUACCUAUUAAUGCUUGCCUAUGCCUGUUUAACGAUGCUGCGGUGGGAUUGUGCUAAGUCCCAGGGUGCCGUGGGGCUGGCAGGAGUCUUGUUGGUUGCACUCUCAGUAGCUGCAGGAUUGGGUCUGUGCUCAUUGAUUGGGAUUUCCUUUAAUGCUGCCACAACUCAGGUUUUACCCUUUCUUGCGCUAGGAGUUGGUGUUGAUGACGUCUUCCUUUUGGCACACGCAUUUAGUGAAACUGGGCAGAACAAGAGAAUUCCAUUUGAGGACAGAACAGGAGAAUGCUUGAAACGCACUGGGGCAAGUGUGGCCCUUACAUCCAUCAGCAAUGUUACCGCUUUCUUCAUGGCUGCCUUAAUUCCAAUUCCUGCUCUACGGGCAUUUUCUCUCCAAGCUGCUGUGGUGGUGGUAUUCAAUUUUGCCAUGGUCCUGUUAAUUUUUCCUGCUAUUUUGAGUAUGGAUCUAUAUCGUCGUGAGGAUCGGAGACUGGAUAUAUUCUGCUGCUUUACAAGCCCAUGUGUCAGCAGAGUGAUCCAGAUUGAGCCUCAAGCAUACACGGAUGCCAGUGAUAACACACGCUACAGCCCUCCGCCACCCUACAGCAGCCACAGUUUUGCACAUGAAACUCAGAUCACAAUGCAGUCCACAGUCCAGCUGCGCACUGAAUAUGAUCCUCAUACCCAGGUUUAUUACACCACAGCAGAACCUCGCUCGGAAAUAUCAGUGCAGCCUGUCACAGUGGCACAAGAUAACCUCAGCUGCCAAAGCCCAGAAAGCGCAAGCUCGACCAGGGAUCUCCUUUCCCAGUUCUCAGACUCUACGCUGCAUUGUCUUGAGCCAGCCUGCACAAAAUGGACACUCACAUCUUUUGCAGAAAAGCAGUACGCUCCAUUCCUAUUAAAGCCUAAAGCCAAGAUCAUAGUCAUUUUUCUUUUUCUGGGCUUGCUUGGCCUCAGUCUUUAUGGAACUACCUGCGUGAGGGAUGGACUUGAUCUUACGGACAUUGUACCACGGGAAACCCGGGAAUAUGACUUCAUUGCUGCCCAGUUCAAGUAUUUCUCGUUCUACCACAUGUACAUUGUUACCCAGAAAGCAGAUUAUCCCAACAUCCAGCACUUACUUUAUGAACUUCACAAAAGGUUUAGCAACGUGACGUAUGUUUUGUUGGAAGAAAACAAGCAGCUUCCGAAAAUGUGGUUGCACUACUUCAGAGACUGGCUUCAAGGACUUCAGGAUGCUUUUGACAGUGACUGGGAAGCUGGGAAGAUCACAUACAACAGCUACAAAAAUGGAUCCGAUGAUGCUGUCCUAGCUUACAAACUUCUGGUGCAAACAGGCAUUCGAGAAAAACCCAUCGAUAUUAGCCAGUUGACCAAACACCGUCUGGUGGAUGCAGAUGGAAUCAUUAACCCAAAUGCCUUCUACAUCUACCUGACAGCUUGGGUUAGCAAUGACCCUGUGGCCUAUGCUGCCUCUCAAGCCAAUAUCCGGCCCCACCGUCCAGAAUGGGUCCAUGACAAAGCAGACUAUAUGCCAGAAACCAGGUUGAGAAUUCCAGAAGCUGAGCCGAUAGAAUAUGCCCAGUUUCCUUUCUACCUCAAUGGACUGCGUGAUACUUCUGACUUUGUGGAAGCUAUUGAGAAAGUGAGAGCAAUCUGCAAUAACUACACCAGUCUUGGAGUGCCCAGCUACCCAAAUGGAUAUCCAUUCCUUUUUUGGGAACAGUACAUUGGCCUUCGUCACUGGCUCCUCCUGUCCAUUAGUGUGGUGCUGGCUUGCACGUUUCUGGUGUGUGCCCUCUUCCUUCUGAACCCCUGGACUGCUGGGAUCAUUGUAAUGGUGCUGGCUCUGAUGACUGUGGAACUCUUUGGCAUGAUGGGUUUAAUUGGGAUCAAGCUGAGUGCAGUACCUGUGGUCAUCCUUAUUGCUUCCGUUGGCAUUGGAGUGGAGUUCACGGUCCAUAUUGCCUUGGCAUUUCUGACCGCCAUAGGAGACAAGAACCGCAGGGCUGUCCUUGCAUUAGAGCACAUGUUUGCACCUGUGUUGGAUGGAGCUGUGUCUACUCUGCUUGGUGUAUUAAUGCUUGCAGGAUCUGAGUUUGAUUUUAUUGUCAGGUAUUUCUUUGCUGUCUUGGCAAUUUUAACCAUUUUGGGUGCUUUGAAUGGAUUGGUACUACUUCCCGUUCUUCUUUCCUUCUUUGGACCGUAUCCUGAGAUUUCUCCAGUAGAUGGAAGGAACAGGUUACCUACACCUUCAUCUGAGCCUCCCCCAAGUGUUGUGAGAUUCUCCAUACCACCAGGACAAGCUCAGAAUGCAUCAGAUUCUUCUGAUUCUGAAUACAGUUCUCAGACCACAGUAUCAGGAAUCAGUGAAGAGCUCCAUCAGUAUGAGGCCACACAAAGGUCUGGCGCACCUGUCCAUCACGUCAUUGUUGAAGCAACUGAAAACCCUGUCUUUGCCCGCUCCACUGUGGUCCAACCAGAGACAAGGUAUCAUCAGCCAAGUCCAAGAUUACAGACGAAUCGAGAGCCUGGAUCCCAGCAAACAUGGCAUCAAAAUAAGCAACCCAAAAGGGAAGGCCUUCGGCCACCACCUUAUCGGCCACGCAGGGAUGCUUUUGAAACCCCUACUGAUGGGCAUUCGUGUGCUAGUAACAGGGACUGCUCUAGCCAUAGAGGUCGUCCUCAGAAUAUCAAAAGCCCAGUCUUCACUGCCAUGGGCCCUUCGGGGCCAGCAUACUGCCAGCCUAUCACUACUGUGACUGCCUCAGCUUCAGUUACUGUUGCUGUACACCCUGCUGUGCACAGCCACAAUACUCAUGCAGGAGGCUUUCCAUCCUACGAGGGACACCAUGAAACUGACCACAGACAAUUUGAGGACCCUCAUGUGCCCUUUAAUGUCCGGUGUGAGAGGAGGAACUCUAAAAUAGAAGUAAUAGAACUUCAAGAUGUUGAAUGUGAAGAAAGGACACGUGGCAACAGCUCAGAUUAAGGGAAAUAACUGAAGCAAAGAAGAGGCCAAAGAUGGGAAACCUACUCUUUCCAGAACUGCUUGAAGAGAAACUGCUUGAAGUUAUGGAAAAGGACAUGCUGCAUCAGGGCAACAGUUUACUGUUACUGUAACCUAUUGUAUUAUUUGUUAAAUAUUUCUAUAAAUAUUUAAAAGGUGUACACAUGUGUAAUAUACAAGAAAAAUCAUGUAAAAUAGUAUAAUCUGGAGUUGUGUUAACUCCUGUUUAACAGAGUGGGGACAAUAUUGUUUGUGCUCUGUAGGUAUUGUACAUUGAUAUCUGUGCCACAACUAAGCUUAAUCUAGUCAAAUUUCAGCAUACAUUGCUGCUGCUUAAAUAUUGUAUAAUUUACAUGUAUAAUUCUAUGCAAAUAUUGCUAAUGUAUUAGGAUUUUUUGUAAAGGUGUGUGUGUUAAAAUAUUUUAAAAUUUCCAUAUCACAGCCCUGUGGUAGUAUGAAAUGUUCCUGUUAAUUGUCAACACGCUAUGCGUGAUAAUUUUUUUAUUUUUAUUUUGCUUUUUUUAAAAUGAGCAGAUAUGAAGACCAGUAUGUUAACCCUGGUGACUGAAGUAUGUGUAGCUGUGCAUGUGUUUUGAGUUUUUGAGAUGUAUAUUUGUGUACUGUAGUGAUUUUAUGAAGCACAGACUACUAGGAAUCUCCUGCGCAAGUCCCACUGAAACGGCUUACAGUACAUAUGGCUCAUGUGCAGAAGAUGCUCCUGGAAUAUGGGGGCCCACUGUGUAAUCCCUCUUGAUCUUAAU